AUGUUGACGAAAACAUUCGGCAAAUCAAAACUUUCUCAUAAUAUAUUUUCAAACAGCGAUCAUAUUGAAGUUUUCAUCUUUCAUGAGAUAUGGGGAAGAGAGACAACUCUCAGUUCUGUUGCGAUUAGGAUAUAUUUGUCAAAACUUUGCAAGGAUGAAAUCAAGAGAAGACGUGCACUUUCAAUUGAAGGUCAAGCCGAAAAGAAGAAUGACGAACUGAAUCAAGAAAAUUCGCUGAAUUUCAAAGAUCGAAUGACGAUUGAAGCAAAUGAGAGUGCAGUGAAGAAAUCGAUUCAAGAUGAUGAAACUCCAACAAUCGUUCCCAAAGAUGAAUCUGCUGUCUAA